AUGGCACCCUCGCGAUUCCAGGAAGUUCACAACCUCCCCACAACCUCCAACGUCAUGCUGAACAUGGUGGUUGGUAUCGAGUUCGAUGAUCCUAGGCACAACUGCCUGGUCGCAGAGAAUCUCAACGGCUGCACCGCCGUCGUCAUCAUCUCAGACCAUGCGGCAGUCAUGGCGAACAUCCUCCCGCGGCCCACAAUAUACGACAGCGACCCAUAUAUCGGGGACAAGAACAUGAAGGAGAAGGUAGUCGAGCUGGUAGAAUUCAUCUCUCGCCAUCGAGAUAAGUUCCCGCUUUAUGCGUGUUGGGCAUGGGUGAUCUAUGCGGUACUAGACGGCGAGACAGGCCUCCCGGGCCAGAAGGGAAUAAUAAACGAUGUUUUGACGACUAUGGGAAUCUCGCGGGCAGAUCACCCUUAUUCGGUUCUUGUCGGUCGUCCACGUCCAGCUGGCCAAGGGACGGUUGUUAUAGAUGCGCGGAGUGGGAGGCCGGAGGUGUAUAUCGAUGACCUGCGUGUCAACUAA